AGCGGUGGAUCAUCACCCCCUUUUCCCCACGUUGACAAGACAAGUAUAUCCCUAGAGUUCGUACAAGUACAAUAAUACCCUUACAGUAACGCUCACAUUGGUUCCAGCUCCGCAGUUUCAGCAUUCUAGCACACACGCUUCCGCACCUGAUAAAAUUCUUCGCGUGAUUUACCAUUCACUCCUUGGCGCGGCUCCUUCUACCAACUGCGUACGAAUCAAAAAACACAACAAAAAACAAAGCCGCGAAAUAGUUUACAGAAAAAAAAAAGAGAAACAUAAGAAAAAAAAAAAAGAUGAAGAUCACGGCUCUGUUGGUGCUUAAAUCCACGGGUGAUGGUUCUGAAUCGGUGAUUCUCUCGAACGCUUCCGAUGUGAGCCACUUCGGUUACUUUCAACGCUCCAGCGUCAAAGAAUUCAUCGUUUUCGUAGGUCGUACCGUAGCCAAUCGCACUCCUCAGGGUCAGCGUCAAUCCGUCCAGCACGAAGAGUACAAGGUGCAUGCCUACAACAGAAAUGGCCUUUGUGCAGUGGGAUUUAUGGAUGAUCACUAUCCAAUUCGGAGUGCGUUUUCUCUUCUAAACCAGGUUCUGGAUGAAUAUCAAAAAAGUUUUGGCGAAUCAUGGAGAAGUGCUCAGGAAGACAGUACUCAAUCAUGGCCCUAUUUAAAUGAAGCUCUCAUGAAAUUCCAGGACCCAGCUGAAGCCGACAAGUUGUUGAGAAUCCAGAGGGAGUUGGACGAAACAAAGAUCAUCCUUCACAAAACCAUUGAUAGUGUGCUUGCACGAGGGGAGAAGCUGGACAGUUUAGUCGAGAAGAGUUCUGAUCUGAGUGCAGCGUCACAGAUGUUCUAUAAACAAGCGAAAAAAACCAAUCAGUGCUGUUCAAUACUGUAAGCUUUAAAGACCAUCAGUAUCCUGGGAGCUCGUCUGAAUCCUGUUCGGACGUUGAUGCUGUUGGAUGGGGUGAAAAUAGCUUCAUAUGUCUAUAUCACUCUCCAUUGUUUGCUUUGUGAAAUUCUGUAAUGUUCCUGAUACAUGUAUUGCAGACGGGAACCAAAUACUGGCCAAAGGGUCUUACCGUGUUGCCAAAUUAACAUUCUCAUUUACCUUGCUUGUGAUGCUUAUACUAUGAUAAUUUAUAGUGGUUUGCAUAUAUUAUUGUUUUGGUGAAGCCAUUCAGCGUUAAUAUGUAGUGGGAUAUUGUCAAUGUGCU